AUGCCUGGUAUCGACCCGAACAUCAUAUGUCACCGACUCCACGUCAACCCUGCCUGCAAACCAGUGGCGCAGAAGAGGCGCAACUUCGCACCCGAGCGGGUCGCCAUCAUCGAAGCCGAGAUUGAUAAACUCCUAGCCGCCGGCUUCAUUGAAGAGGUCUCCUACUCGGAGUGGCUCGCUAAUGUUGUUCUAGUGGCAAAACAAGAGAAGGGAAAGUGGAGAGUCUGCGUCGAUUACACCGACCUCAACAAAGCGUGCCCAAAAGACAACUUUCCAUUGCCAAGAAUCGACCAACUAGUGGAUUCCACUUCUGGCAAUCAGCUACUCAGCUUCAUGGACGCCUACUCCGGCUACAACCAAAUCUUGAUGCACGAGGAUGACAAGGCGAAAACUUCUUUCAUCAUCGAGAGAGGGACCUACUGCUACAAGGUCAUGCCUUUUGGGCUGAAAAACGCCGGAGCAACCUACCAAAGACUGGUGAACAAAAUCUUCAAGGAGCAGAUCGGCAAAACUAUGGAGGUGUACGUGGACGACAUGCUGGUCAAGGCCCCAAAACGUGCAGAUCACCUCAAAAACCUCGCUGAGGCAUUCAGCCUGCUCCGCCAGUAUCGCAUGAAGUUGAACCCAAGUAAAUGCACAUUUGGUGUAUCCUCCGGCCGAUUCUUGGGAUACUUAGUCACACAACGAGGUAUCGAGGCACACCCACGUCAGAUCAAAGCUAUUCUCGAGAUGAAGUCGCCUUCCACAGUGAAGGAAAUACAAAGUCUGACGGGCAGAGCAGCGGCCCUCAACCGGUUCCUCUCAAGAUCAACCGACAAGUGCAAAACCAUUCUUCAAAGCUUUGAAGAAAGGACAAAGAGACAAAUGGGAUGA